UACACGCCCACGCCCGGUAAAAAGUAUGCCUGUUGCGUGUGCGAGAACACCCUGCGGCGUCCCCUGCUGUUUGAAGAGUGUGGACACAGCUGCUGUUCCAAGUGCUUCACCGACUUGAUGGCGUCGACAGGACGCUGUCCGGUGGACGGUGCGGCGCUGGAGCGCAGCAAGGUUACCGUGGAUAAGCAGAUGCAGCGUGAACUGGAUCAUCUGGGCGUGAAGUGCAACUACUUCGAGCAGGGCUGCACUUGGACCGGCCUGGCUAGUGAGUUGAGCGAACAUCUGGAGGACUGUCAGUGUCGACUGGUUAGCUGUAUCUACGACUGUGGUCUGGAAUUUGAGUACGGUUGCACCUUUCGGGGCAAAAAGAAAGCCAUUAAGGCGCACCUGGCCGAGGAGCUACUACUGCACAUGCUGUUGAUGCGGGAUGCCCUGCACGAGUUUCGCAACCUUCUGGAUAUGCAGGUACAGGCCGUCCAAGAAAGCCAAGCAACAGUCAAGAAAUUGCAGGCCAAGUUGCGACGAAGCGAAGCCUACUUCGAGCCCUCUUUCAUCUGGCGCAUCGAGGGCUACCGCCAGAAGUUUGAAGACGCCCAACAGGGCAAGCGGACGGCACUCUUUAGUCAACCAUUCUACAGCAACAAUGCCUAUCUAAAACGACCGACAAGCGAACGCAACCAGUGCUUUGGAUCUCCGCGAUUUAUCGAACUGGAGCAAAUGAAUGCCCGGGAGUUCGUAGUGGACAACACCCUCUACCUGAAAGCCCUCUUUGAGAUUGAGAGUUAG